UGAAGCCGUCGUUAUUGUUGUUCCCAAGUCUGGUGUGCCUCAAUGUGUCGACUACUGGAGAGCUUAUGGACAAUUAUACAUUAGUUUGACGGUAUUUCUUCAAAGUACGGUGAUAACACAUUUACUGGGACGCAGUUCAGACCCCGGACCGGUCAAAUUUAUUUCACAGGUGGUAAUGAGCCUGUCUUUCAACACUAAAACUGGAAGCUGACAGCUAGCUCAAGUUGCUAAAUAACAGUGGAAGGAAACAGUAAAUUGUGUUGUAAAACUAAAAGGGCAUUGUCGAAUAUUGAUUGAUUUUCUAUUAUUAUUUUCUAUGAUGGGCAUGGCAACUCGUAUCGAGUGUAUCUUUUUCAGUGAGUUUCACCCCACACUGGGUCCUAAAAUUACAUAUCAGGUCCCAGAGGAUUACAUUUCAAGGGAGCUGUUUGACACGGUUCAAGUUUACAUUAUCACCAAGCCAGAACUUCAGAACAAGUUAAUAACAGUCACUGCCAUGGGGAAAAAGUUAAUAGGUUGUCCUGUGUGCAUCGAACAUAAGAAAUACAGUCGAAAUGCCCUCCUGUUUAACCUCGGCUUGGUCUGUGAUGCUCAGACUAACACCUGUGCCCUGGAGCCGCUUGUGAAGAAGCUGUCUGGGUACCUCACUACUCUGGAGCUGGAGAGCAGCUUCAUAUCCAAUGAGGAGAGCAAGCAGAAACUUUUACCCAUCAUGUCAACCUUGUUGGAAGAUCUUAAUGCCACAGGAGCCUGCACACUGCCUAUAGAUGAAUCUAAUACCAUCAACUUAAAGCUGAUCCAGCUACGAAAGGACCCCCCGAUCGUGCAGGAGUAUGAUGUGCCUGUCUUCACUCAGUGCAAAGAACAUUUUAUCAAGUCUCAGUGGGAUCUCACCACUCAACAGAUUCUGCCCUACAUUGAUGGUUUCCGACACAUCCAAAAAAUCUCAGCUGAAGCAGACGUAGAGCUGAAUCUGGUCCGCAUUGCUGUGCAGAAUCUGCUGUAUUAUGGGGCCGUGACCUUGGUGUCAAUCUACCAGUAUUCAAACGUAUAUUGCACCACCCCCAAAGUCCAGAACCUCAUAGAUGACAAGUCCAUUCAGGAGGAGUGCCUCGGCUACGUCACAAAGCAGGGUCAGAAGCGUGCCAGUCUGAGAGAUGUGUUCCAGCUGUACUGCGGAUUGAGUCCAGGAACCACAGUCCGUGAUCUUUGUGCACGCUACUCGCAGCAGCUUCAGAGGGUUGAUGAGAGGAGGCUGAUCCAAUUUGGACUGAUGAAGUGUUUGAUUCGACGGCUGCAGAAAUAUCCCGUGAAGGUGAUUCGCGAUGAGCGGAGCAGGCCGCCUCGACUUUAUACCGGCUGUCACAGUUAUGAUGAGAUCUGCUGCAAAACAGGGAUCAGUUACCAGGAGCUGGACGAACGUUUGGAAAAUGAUCCCAACAUUGUGAUAUGCUGGAAGUGAUGUGACAUGAACAGAGCAACAGACUGAAAAAACAGAGAUGCCUCAACCAAAGAUGCCUUCAGUGAGCGGAAUAACACUGAAAACAGAAGCAGUAUUUUCAACUUUCUUUUGUUAGAGCUUUUUUGACAUUUGUCUUUAGGUUAAGUGAGGAAGAUGAUGUUUACUAAUAUUGUACAAAGGAAACUGUGAUUAAUAAAAUACAUUAUAUAACUGUG